AGGGAGGUUGAGCUGGGCGAGCUGGCGACGAAGAUGCUCUGGCGGCAGGACGUGCUGGGCUACUGGGGCGGCAGGGUGGAGGACGCCCUGUCGCCGGAGAUGCGGCCGUUGCACAUGUCCGCGGUGAGGGGGGCUCUGGGGGCAUUGAUUCCGGCUGCACUUCACGGGAGUCUCGAUCGGUUUGUCGCGUCCCAGAAGGACGUUGCGGUGUUGGGGGGGGGGGGGGCGAGCUUCUUGACCAUGGACCGGUACAGGGUGAACGUGCGGUCGGAGGAUGCUUUGCGCCGCGGCCGGUUCACGGAGGACGUCCUGGAGUUUUUCCUGAAGGUGUUGCAGCGGAUCUGCGGUGUCCUGGCGCUGCCUGUCGCGGUGGCGAGCAAAACGGUUGGUCUGCAUGCCGGGCGGGCGGAGUCCGCGGAGCAGUUCAGGAAGAUCAUGGGCGGCUGGAAGAAGGUCUGGAAUCGGGCGGAUGUGGCGGGGAAGAAGGAGCUGCUGUUGCCCGUCGCGGUGGACGAGAAGGGGCGCGACUGGUUCUGCGUGUCGGUGAGGUCUGCGUCAGAGGGCGAGGUUUUGGGGCGCGCGGAGCGCCUCGUCGUCCGGGUGUACGAUGAGAUGCGACGGCAGGGAGCGGCGCGUCGAGUGGCCUUGAACUUGGACGCGUUGGUGCGCGGACCCGCCUCGGCGGUGGCGGGCCAGGCGGGGCCGGAGACGAUCAUGGAGGAGGGGGUCCCCGAGUGCCGGGUGUCUCACCAGCGCUGCCUCUGCGCGUUCGGGGUCUUGCUCUCUCUGGUGUCCAGGGCUGCCGGGGAGAGAGGAUUAGACAUGGCGUCGAAGAUGUUCGUGCCAGACGCGGGCCAGGUGGUGGCGGCAGUCUUCGCGGGCUUUCGGACGCGUCUCCGCCAGGAAGGUGCGUCGGACGUUUCUGUCUUGUUGGUCGAGGCGGACGCGUGCAGGGCGGUGCUGCGGUCGCUGGGCCACGUGCCGUCGCUGGCGCGCAGGGGCGACGAGGCCGAGUGGGAGGGCGCGGAAGCAGCGUCAGGCAGCGCCCCCGGGGGGCGGAAUUUUGCUCUGGAGCGGGGCCGCGGCGACGGGGCGACCGCGGGGGUGCGGCUGCGCGUGGGCACGUGGAACGUUGCCGGCGGGUCUUGGUCGGCGCAGGCUCCUCCCAGGUAUGGGGGGAGAGAUCAGAGGGCAGCCUUGGUUGCGGAGAUCCUGGGGUGGCGGAGGGCCUUCGGCUGCGACGUCGUGGCGCUGCAGGAGUGCGAGGGGGCGGACGCGAUGGGCGAGCUGCUCGAGCAUUAUCACUUCUUGGGCGCCACCCCGGCAACGGCGACGCGGGGGUACGUCCACUUGUGCGUUCGCAAGGGCAUGGAGGCGGAGCGGCUGUUGUGUGAGGCUUCUCCGGCUGCUGGUGUAGCUGCGCGCGUCAGGGUGGCGUCGGGCCGAGGCGGGGCCGCGGCGGGCGAGGUCUGCGUCUUGGCAGUGCAUUUGCCUGCUGGGGACAGGGCGGCGCAGCGUGCUGCUGCGCUGGGAGAGGCGCUGCGGUCGCUGGACCAGAGCGGGGCGGAGCGUGCCAGGGUCCUGGUCGUGGGCGACUGGAACGUGCGGGGCGAGGAGGUCGCAGCGCUGUGCGAGGCUGAGGGCAUGUGCGAUGCCACGUGCGCUGGGGAGACCUGGGGCGUGAGGUGGAACAGGUUUUUCCCAGAUCAGCAGUGCAGCGGCCCCGGGUUCCGUUUCGGUCGCGCGAUGUUCGGGGAUAAGUUGUUUGCUCGGGCGCAUGUGAUUGCGCGGGGGCCUGUCGUCUUCGAGGGCGUGCAGUUUUGCGCCUCCGACCACUUCGGGUUGAUGGUGUACGUGGACGUGGCCGACGUCUUUGCGUUGCGAGGCAGGGGGCGCGCGGAGGCAGCCCGGGUGCGGCGCGGCGAGGUCUGUAGGGUCUGUGAGAUCGGCGGUGAGCGAGAGGCGCAGGAGGUCCGGGAUCGCCGGCAGGCUGCCAGGGAUCAGCAGGGGGUCGACAGGGAGAGGGCCGCGGAGAGGGACCGCGAGGCGUUUGCGAAGGGCCAGCAGAAGGCGGCUCGCGAGAGGGCACGCCGGAGGCAGGCGUUGCACGAUGCGGCUUUCGGCAGGGACUCGCUGUUCGAUCGGGACGUGGUCGUUCAGGAUUGCGUCGUGUGUUUGUUGCGGCAGACGUUGGAGCAGGUGAUGGCGGCGUCGCGCCGCGCCGGGGUGCGGAAGCCGAAGCUCGCGGAGGAGAGGGCGGCGGUGGGCGAGCGGUACGGGGAUGAGAAUCAGUGGGGCGCCAGUGAGUUCUUUGGGCAUUGGUUCCACAGAGCUCGUCAGGUGGAGCUGGAUGCGGGUCGGGGCGUGCCGUGGGGCGACGGGUGGCUCCAUGGGCAGGCCGGCUUCCAGGUCACGCAGUGGGGUCGCUUGUUCAGGAGUGUCGCGGAGACGCGGUCGCUGCGCCGCGCGUGUGGUCUUUGCCGUGCCAGGUACGAGCUGGCCGAGAUGGUGUCGGUGGUCCCGCCCGAGGACGGGAGGGUGUGGUUGACGACCUCCGAGUUGUACCUGCGUGCGUGCGGCCCUGAGCUGCAGGCUGAGGCGGAUCGCCUGGACUGCCCCAGGUGUCAGUCCCGGCAGGUGCACGUGCUGCAGUGGCGCGUGUGCGAGCUGCCGACGGUGCUUCUCGUGCGGGUGGUCCGUCCGGUGGCGGCUGGUGGCCAGGGCGUCUUGUUGCGCCGGCGCGUGGGCGUGGAAGAGGAGAUCGAGCUGCCGGGGUUUUCGCGCAUGGUGCUGGCGGGGGUGCUCUUUCACAACGUGGCCACGGUGCGUCAGGGGCAUUGCGCGGCCAUGCGCCGUGGGCCGGGCGGUCUGUUCUGGAUGUGCGAUGAUGCGAGGGUUCAGCCUGUGCAGGGCGGGGUGGGGGAGCGGAAGCCGGCGCAGGUGCACGUCAUGGUGUGCGUCAGCCCGUGCGGCGGGGCGUCCUGA